CUCUGACUCCUCCUCCGAUCAGCUGUUUCUUUCUUCUCAUUUGUUGAUAAAUUUUUUUUCUUUUCUCCAUUAGUUUGUAUCUCUUGUCAUUCACUUUAAUCUAAUUUCUUGAUUGUUGUUUAUUCUAAUUGAAUGUGCAAUUUUUCGUGAUCAACAAUCAAUUGUUUUCAUCUUUAAAUUGUCUUUGCAUCUUAAAGUUAAUUUUGUUGAAAAGAAAAUGUGUAAAUGAAAGUUGGCGCGUUUUCAGAAUUUUUGAAAAUUUGUGAGAUUUUUUCUUCUUUUCUCCCUGUUGAUGGUUUGAUAAAAUUCCAUCGUCAUCAUCAAUGAAUCACCUUGAAUUGGAUUGCUCAUCACCAUGGAUAAUUCUUGUUCUUAUCUUCAUCAUUUUCUUAACUCGUUUUUGACGAUCAACUUUAGAUUGAGUAUAAAUGUUUCCAUUAAUUGUUGACUAUCAACUUUGUCGAUCAACAAGUUACUUCUUAUGUUUUAAUCUUCCAUCUUGUGAUGUGUUCAACUUUUCCUUCUCAUUAACAAUUAACUAAUUCACUUUUACAUUUCCAAGUUGAUCAGUUUCUGGAACUUUUUGUCUCACUAAAUUGUUGAUUAUGACAGUUAAUCGUCAUUUGUUACAAUCACUGGCUCGUAAAUCAUGUCCAGUAAAAAGACCAUCAAUUAAUCGGACACUUUGUCCAUUUUCAUCGAGAAUAUCAACCGAUCGGCCGAAACCCUAUCAAUCAAUUCCUGGACCUGAACCAUUUCCUCUGAUUGGAAAUACUUGGCGAUAUUUACCAUUAAUUGGUGAAUAUGAUAUCGAGAAAACACCCGAAAAUGGUGAGGCCAAUCUGAGAAAAUUUGGUCCAUUGGUGAGAGAAAAUCUUUUCGGUUCAUUUAGUAUACUUCAUGUUUUCGAUCCGAUUGAUAUGGAAUCAAUUUUCCGAAAUGAAGGAAAGUAUCCUAAUCGUCGAUCUCAUCGAGCUCUUCUCAAAUAUCGCCAUGAUAGGCCAGAACUUUAUUCCUCUGGUGGAUUGUUCCCUGAGAACGGUGAAGCCUGGUACCGAUUGAGAAAGUUAAUCCAGACAAUUUUACUCAAUCAAUCACAGAUCAAUCAAUUUAUUCCUGCGAUUGACUCGAUAGCCGAUCAAAUGGUUUCCAAUAUUUGUCAACUGCGAGAAUCAAAUGGAUCCAUUGAUGAUUUAAUGCCACAUCUUUACAAAUGGGCCUUGGAAACAAAUGGAAGGGUUUUUGUUGGUCAACCAUUGGACUGUUUGAAUUUAAAAGGAUCAAAAGAAAGUCUUGAUUUAAUUCAUGCUAUUCAUGAGACUCAUGAAGCAAUUUUAACAACGGAAUUAGCUGCAAUUGACCUUUGGAAAUAUUUCCCAACCUCUGAUUAUAAACGAUUAGUUAAAUCUCAAGAUACUAUGGGAAAUAUAAUCUCCAAGUACAUUGACAAGGAAAAGAAUCGCUCUUCUAAAUACUCUGAUGAUGGAUCGCAAUCAAUUGCUAGUCAAUUGUUGGAAAAUCCUGAAGCUUCAGAUCGAGAUGUAUUUACCCUGAUCAUGGAUCUAUUUCUUGCUGGUUUCGAUACAACCGCUUUUGUUGUUGGUUUCACCCUGUACCAUUUAUCGAGUCAUCAACUGUAUCAAGAACGAGUUCGUUCAGAAUUAAUUAAAUUGCUUCCUAAGAAAAGUGAUCAAAUUACAGUUGAUACUCUUAAAGAAAUGAAGUAUUUGAAAGCUUGUGUAAAGGAAUCGCUUCGAGUUAAUCCAUUUUCAAUUGGAACUGGACGAGUGGCCAAUAAGGAAAUGACUCUGAGCGGAUACAAUGUUCCCGAAGGAACCAUGAUAAUUGUUCAGAAUCAAGUGGCCUGUAAACAAGAAUCUAAUUUCCCUCAAGCCGAUCAAUUUAUUCCAGAGAGAUGGUUACAAGAAAAGAAAAAACUUCUCCAUUUACUACUACCUUUCGGUUAUGGGGCCAGAAUGUGCAUCGGUCGACGAUUAUCUGAGACGGAAAUCUAUGUUCUAACAGCUAAAAUACUAAGAAACUAUCGAAUCGAAUACGAUAAUGAUAAACCCUUCCGAUCGAAAACACGAUUUAUCAAUGUUCCAGAUGGACCUUUAAAAUUACGUUUCAUUGAUUUACCAAAUUAAUUUAUUAAUAAUAAUUUAAA